UGCGCCCACAUGUGAUCAGAGCGUCAGUGGGGGGGCUGUUGGACGCCGGGUAGCUUUAGCUAGUCAAAUGCGAACCUUGCAGUUAACUAAUUCCUCUCACACUGUUCAUCUUUUACCACCGAGGGCGAGGCUCGACGGACAAAGACACCGGCAGACAUGUCGUACUGCAGGCAAGAGGGUAAAGAUCGCAUCAUCUUCGUGACCAAGGAGGACCAUGAAGCACCCAGCAACGCUGAGCUCAUUGCCGAUGACCCCAAUGAUCCAUAUGAGGAACAGGGUCUGAUCCUUCCAAAUGGAGACAUCAACUGGAACUGCCCAUGCCUGGGUGGCAUGGCCAGUGGACCAUGUGGUUCUCAGUUCAAGGAGGCCUUUUCCUGCUUUCACUACAGCAAGGAAGAGGUGAAGGGCUCAGAGUGUAUCGACAACUUCCGUAACAUGCAAGAGUGCAUGCAGAAGUACCCUGAGCUCUAUCCUCAAGAGGAAGAUAAAGAAAGCUCCCAAGCAGAGGCCAGCUCUAGUUCUGUCUCCGCUGCCCUGGCUGAGGGCUCUGCCUUACCCCCUGAAACUGACUCUACCCCGGCGACUUCAACAUCCGAGUCCGCUGUCUCAUCUGACAGCACAUCGCUUAUAGACAAUCAGACUGCCAGCUAAGGUCCAUCGGUUGUCACCCAGGCUACUCUGUGUGCGAGCACUGCCGAGCAUAACUGACUCUCCAUGAGCAGCUGUGAUUGGUCUUUCCUCCUGUUUAAGCCUAUAGAGAGGACUUAAUGAAAUAGCUCUGAUGCUCAUGGGCAGAAUUUACAGGCCAUCAGAGAAGGACUUUGUGAAUGCAGAGAAACAUAGCGUCAUGUAUAAAAGUAUAGGCUACUUUGUUUGCUGAGCACUCAAAAAUCGUUGAAUAAAUAAUUUGAUUUAAUGAAAGCAGGCCAAGCUAUUUGCUACAGGGACAUUAGUUGAAAGACUCACUUUAUAUGCAAUUGGAAUUUUAAUUUGCUGUCUCAUGUCAAUCAGAAGAGCUUGUUAGUGUUCAUUAUGUGUGUUGUGCUGUUCAUGUUUGCUGCCCAGGAAUAUCACUCGGCACUGAUUUAUCACUAAUCAUAAACUUUUACAGUAAUCUUAACCGUAAUCACUAGAUUUUUUUUAUUCAAGCAAUGAUCAGCUUUUCUAAGGAAUUUAACCUCCACUCAAGACAGUUUUGACGCUUACUACAACUUAACAGUCCCUUUUGCUUUCCAUCACGCGAGAGACCUAACACAGGUGGUUAAGAAAACAAUGCUACUGUUUCAGCUUCUGUUCAGUGACCAUUACAUUGAUAUUAAGUGUUUUUUAGCUGUGUUUGUUGACAUCUUGUAGAAACUUCAGGGUCUCCAUCUGUUUCCGUAUGAGCUAUGGUCGUCCUAUUUGUCAAUUGACACUGUAUACGUCUUAGACCAAAGUGGCUUGUCGCCUUUAACUGUCACUGCAUAAAUGUUUUUGUUGUCUUAUCACCGUCUCGAUGUCUCCAUUUGGAUGCUUUGGUCACCAUUCAAUGACAUUCAGGCCUUAAGACUUGAUGGAUUUUUCUCAAACAUGUCCACAUUAAAAUGAUCGUCGAACAAUUUCAA